CACCUACAUCCUCCGCAAUGGCCGAAACAACCCCCCAAGAAUCCACCCAACCCGCCUGCGCCAGCUUCCGGCGCUUCAUCCAAGACCUCCAAGCCGAGAACGACCUGGUCGCCAUCGACGAAGAAGUCGACCCGGACCUGGAGCUGGCAGCCAUCACACGCAAGGUCUACGAGACCGAAGACAAAGCACCCUUGUUCAAUAAUCUCAAGGGGCGCCACCCGAACGGCCUGUUCCGCGUGCUGGGCGCCCCCGUCGGCGCCAGCAAACAGCCGGGCAAGCGGUUCAUCCGCAUCGCCAAGUCGCUGGGGCUGCCGGCCACCGCCACCGGACAGGAGAUCAUCCAGAAGUUCCGGGCCGCCAAACACCUGCCUCAGAUCCCACCGAGGGAGGUCCCCACGGGCCCCGUCAAGGAGUUCAAGCUGCUGGGCGAUGAGAUCGACCUUACCGCCCUGCCCAUCCCCAUGCUGCACGCCGACGACGGCGGCAAGUUCCUGCAGACGUUCGGCAUGUACAUCGUGCAGAGCCCCGACGGGGCGUGGGUGAACUGGUCGAUCACGCGCAGCAUGCUGCACGGGAAACGCACGCUGGUGGGGCCGAUGAUCCCGCGGCAGGACAUCGGGGUGAUCCGGCAGAUGUGGGCCGAGCUGGGCAAGGACUGCCCCUUCGCGCUGUGCUUCGGGGUACCGCCCGCGGCGAUCAUGGUGAGCGGGAUGCCGCUGCCAAAGGGGGUCAACGAGAGCGAGUACAUCGGGGCGCUGAUCGGUGGGCCGGUCGAGGUGACCCAGGCCGAAACCAACCACAUCCUGGUGCCGGCGAACGCGGAGAUCGUCUUCGAGGGGGUCAUCUCGCGCACCGAGACCGCGCCCGAGGGCCCCAUGGCCGAGUACCCGGGCUUGAUCUUCCCGGGGGAGCAGAAGGAGUGUCCGCUGCACCGGAUCGACGCCAUCACCUACCGCCGCGACCCGAUCCUGCCCCUCUGCGUGACGGGCCGCGCGCCCGAGGAGAGCGAGACGGUCUGGGGGCUGACGCAGGCGGCCGAGGUGCUGAACCUCUGCCAGCAGGCCGGCCUGCCCAUCACGAUGGUCUGGAACCCGUUCGAGUCGCACUGCCUCUGGUUCGUGCUGCAGGUCGACCGCGCGCAGCUGCGCGCCCGCCACUCCACCAUGGAGGCCUUCAGCCGCGAGGUCGGCCACACCGUCUUCGCCUCCAAGCCCGGCUACUACAUCCCCAUCGUCUACCUCGUCGGCGACGACAUCGACCCCACCAACCUGCGCGACGUCAUCUGGGCCAACGCCACCCGCUGCCAGCCCCGCGACAACGAGUACUUCUUCGACCAGUACCCCAACAUCGGGCUGAUCCCGUACGUGUCGCAUGGGGCCAAGACCGGGGCGAAUCAUGUGAAGGUCGUGCGCUGCUGCAUGUUCGCCAGUGAGUUCUCCGAGGUGCCUACGUAUAAGGAGGCCUCUUACCGCGGGAACUAUCCUCGGGAAAUUCAGGAUAAAGUGGAUGCCAAGUGGUCGACGUAUGGGUUUUAGUGGGUGCGGCUGGCAUUGUGUUCUGAUUCACUAGAGCAGAU